AUGGCCUACCACGGCAUGGGUGGCGCCAGCGGCCUCCGUUCGCCUCGCGAUGAAUCCUCCUUCUUUUCCUUGAAUCGCGCCGCUCACAACGCCGAUGGCCGCGCGACCCUGCAUCGCCGCUUCACCACCAACAACAUCCCAACCCUCAGCACACCAUUGUCCCCCAUCGGCCAACAGCGUAGACAGGCGGCUGAGCCGACCGAGUUUACAACAGCGCCUGGGGAACACGCGCCGGCGCUCGAGAGCACCCUGCAUGUUGAAACCCGCGCAGCCUCGACGGCACUUGGCUCCUCCAAGCAGCCUCAAGCUCCUGCGUUUGGUAUUCAGCGUGUAUGCUCCUCAGUCAUGUCUAUGCGCUGUGAACAAGAGUGGCCGCUAACGACCAAUCUCAACAGACGUACCAUAAGCUCCAAGUCUGCCCCUCACCCGACACCACCCAAACCCCCCCUCAUUUCCUCCUGGAAUGAGUAUUAUAGCCGCCAACUUGAGAGAAAACGAAUCGAGCACGAGUAUCUCAAAGAAGCAAAGCGGCGCUUUGACGCGGAGAUGGAACUGCUCAACCUGCAAGCUCAACACGGCGAAGCUGACAUCAACCGCUUCCCAAACGACGCCCAUUACGGCGGGCCCGCGCAUAGCCAGCCCACCACUCCCCCAGAGUAUAACGAGGCCAACGGCUUUCCUUCUGCCUUGUCUCGACCCAACCGCUUCAGCAUGUCAAGCAUUAACCCAACCAUGACAACAACUCGCAGUAGCCGCGCCAACUCGCAGGUUACAUCCCCCCCGUCCAAUCUGCAAGGUGGUACCAACGGCAAAUUCCCUUCGCAGUCGAUGCCCGGAUCUCGUCGCAACUCGGAGGAAGACCACGAUGACUUUGAGAACGAUGACUUCACCCCGCUGAGCCCAGCCGCACGCAAAAGCAACCGCAUGUCAAUGCCCGUCACACGCAUGGACUAUGGCAUCCGCCCAGAUCUUCCGGAUCUGUCAUCUGUCCUUGGGCACAUUGACACGGCUGGAUUUCUGUUUGGCCAGGAAGACAGGUCGAUUACUUCUCAAGACCGCAACGGCUUUCUUCAGAUGGGCAACACAAAGGACGAUUUCCCCGUCUUGGUUCGCCGCGACGGCGCCGGUAAUGGUACGAAGCUCUCUGCCUCUUCUGCUGCGCUUGACUUGGCCCUUUCCCAGUCCCCUGGCCCGGAAACCCAGUCCACAGGCUGGAACGGCUACCGUCACCGUCAAGCUCAACAGUCGCUUCCUGCUAACACAUUCCGUAAAGCCCCUCCAGUUGAUGAUUACGAGUCUGGCCGCUCCAACACCAAUGGCGAUAAUACCCCCAAGAAGAGUGCAAACAGCAACCGUCGCUCGGUUGAGUUCAGCUUUGCUAGCCCUACUAAUGCUAUGCCCAAGCUGACUCAAUCUUACUCUACCAACGAUGUUCCCACCUUGAAGAACAGCGCUGGCAUCAACGGAGCGAAUGGUAUUGGCUUCACCUCCCAUGCCCAGCAGCACUUCCACAAUCACAACGCAAGCCUCGGUCGCAUUCCGCAGAAUGCCAUGUCAAACCGUAACAGCCGCGACCUCUCCAUUGGUAACCGUGAGGCUGAAUACCGCCCUCCUCAGUCUGGUCUGCAUGCAAGUGCUGCCCCAUUCGGUCCUUCGGUCACGUCAGCGGCUCCUAAUGGCGGAGUGUCAGCAAGUGUUGGUUCGCCAGCCAUGUCGCAGUACUCGGGCGUGUCAGCAGCCAACCCUGGAUACUAUGGUUAUGGCAUGUCGAUGCUCAACGGCGCCAUGAACAACCUCAACCUUGGGCCUGGUGCCGCCCCAGGACCAGGACAGGGACCAGGACCUGGGGCUCAGUACGGAGCACCCCAGGCUUAUGGCCCCAAUGGCAUGUACGGUGGCGGACCGCAAUACAACCCCUACGCUACCUACGGACCGGGUGGUCGUGUUCAAGAUAGCCAAGCUCGUGUCAUUCAGAGCCGCCGCCUGCAGAACGAUGCCAACAAGUAUAUGAACUACGAUCUCAAGAGCAUGCCACGCCAGGACAUUUACAGCUUGUGCAAGGACCAGCAUGGAUGUCGCUUCCUGCAGAAGAAGCUCGAAGAGCGCAACGCCGAGAACAUCCAGAUCAUCUUUGAUGAGACGGCGCCUCAUGUCGUUGAGCUCAUGACGGAUCCGUUUGGCAACUACCUCUGCCAGAAGUUGCUGGAGUUUUGCAACGACGAGCAGCGCAACACGCUUGUUCGCAACGCUGCUCCCGCCAUGGUCCAGAUUGCAUUCAACCAGCACGGAACUCGGGCUCUGCAGAAGAUGAUUGAGUUCAUCUCGACCGACGACCAGACGCAGAUGAUCAUCCGAGCCUUGUCGGGCCAGGUUGUUGAUCUCAUUCAGGACUUGAACGGCAAUCACGUCAUCCAGAAGUGCCUGAACCACCUCAAGUCUCCUGAUGCGCAGUUCAUCUUCGAUGCGGUCGGCGAGCACUGCAUCACUGUCGGCACCCACCGACAUGGCUGCUGCGUCCUGCAGCGUUGCAUCGACCAUGCCUCGGGCUUCCAGAAGGUGGACCUCAUUCGCAAGAUUACGGCCCACAGCUUCCACUUGGUACAGGAUCCCUUUGGCAACUACGUUGUCCAGUACAUUUUGGAUCUCAACGAUGCCUCCUUCACGACGCCCAUGUGCCAGGGCUUCCAGGGCAAGAUUUGCGAGCUGUCCAAGCAAAAGUUCAGUUCCAACGUCAUUGAGAAGUGCAUCCGCUGUGCUGAGCCACACGUCAAGUCGAUGAUGAUUGAGGAGUUGCUGGACGUUGAGCAACUUGAGCAGCUCAUGCGCGACUCGUACGGCAACUACGUGAUCCAGACGGCGCUUGAGUUUGCCCCUGCCGAGUUGUGUGUUCACCUUAUUGAGGCGAUGCGUCCGAUCUUGCCUUCUAUCCGCCAGACUCCGUACGGUCGCCGCAUCAUGAGCAAGGUUGGAGAGCGCGAGAGCCGUCUUGCUGCGUACACGGGGCGUCACUCUUCUGGCCAUGCGUCUCCCGGCACUGCACAGGGCUCUUCCGAGUCGAGCUCUGCCUACGGCCCUCAGCACCAAGCUCCCAUUUACACGUCCAAUGCCAACUAUGGACCCAGCAUUCUUUCGCCGCAGCCGCACCGACAGCCGCACCGCUUGAGCAACCCUUCGGUUCCUCAGCUCAUGCACAACUCUAUGCACAACAACCAGGGCUACCAGCAGCAGCAGCAGCAACAGUACGGCACUGCACAGCCCAAUGGUGGCCAGGGACAGUGGUUCUAG